AUUGUCUAGGCUAGCAACAUUGAGAAAGCAACUUUUGCUAUUUAGGUAUUUAUUUUGUUUCGCUGCUUUCAGUCUCUCACUUGUGCCUCUGUCGUCGUGUUUUACGUGUGUUAAGCCUGUCUUGGAGUUUGUGACCCUUCUUGCGAGUGCGAAAGUAACCGCCCGACAUGAGUAGAUUCUUCGCCACCGGAUCGGACUCGGAGUCCGAAUCUGAGUCAUCGGAGGAGGAGCAGAUUCCGCAGAAGGCAACAGCCAUCACAUCGGCCUAUGCCUUCAGUGAUGACGAGGAGGAAGCCAAGCGUGUUGUACGCAGCACGCGAGAAAAAAGAUUUGAGGAACUGACAGACAUCAUUAAACAGAUCAAGAACCACAAAAAGAUCAAGGACAUGAGCAAACUUUUAACAAGUUUUGAAAACUUAACAAGGGCCUUUCAGAAAGCCAAGGUGGUUAUUGAUAAGGAAGAGGGUGGCAACAUUCCAAAAUUUUUCAUCCGGAGCCUUGUUGAGCUGGAAGACUUUGUGACUGAGUGCUGGGAGGACCGUGAUGGACGUAAGAACAUGUCCAAAAACAACUCAAAGUCGCUUGCCACCUUGCGGCAGAAGCUGCGCAAGUACAACAAGGACCACGAGGCCGACAUUGCCAAAUAUCGCGAGAAUCCAGAAGAAGAAGAUGAAGACCGGGAUGAUGAUGAAGAUAAGGAUUCCGACGCCGACGAUGAGAUGAGCUUUAAGAAGAAGGUGUCCUCCAAAGCUGAUAAAGACGACGCCAAGGCCAAGUUCAUCAAGGGUGGCUCCGAUGAUGAGUCGGAUGAUGAUUCCAUGGACUGGGGAUCGUCAGAUGAGAGUGAAAGCUCUUCAUCGAGCGAUGACGAGAAGUACGGUGGGAAUCUGGCCAACAAGUUCUUGAAGAACAGAGCUGGCGGCGAGAAAGACGAACAGAAGGAGCAGCGUCGUCGUGAGAAGAAGCGGGAGCAGAAGGACAAGCGCCGAGAUGAUGACGAGGAAGGCUGGGAGGAAGUCAAGGGUGGCGUGCCGCUCAUCAUGGAGAAGCCCAAAAUGUUUGCCAAGGAUGCAGAGAUCAACCACCAGGUUGUGCUGAAGAAGCUGAAUGAAAUCAUGGCCGCGCGUGGCAAGAAGGGCACUGACCGGUCUGAGCAGAUUGAGCUGCUCAGCGAGCUGCUGGCCAUCUCGCAAGCCCACAACCUCGGUCCAGGCUUUCAGCUGAAGAUUGCCUUUGCUGUCGUGUCGGCCAUCUUUGACUACAACCCCAACAUUGCGACCUGUAUGAAACUUGAUAUGUGGCACAAGUGCCUGGAGUUCAUCCACAUGCUUCUUGACAUUUUGAUUGAGAACAGCAACAUAUCAGUUGGUGAGCACGUCGCGGAGGAGUCCGAGAGUCUGGUGGCACCUCCGUACCGAGUGAAGGGAUGUAUCCUUACCGUGGUUGAACGUAUGGACGAGGAAUUCACCAAAAUCCUUCAGGGUUGUGAUGCCCACUCGCCAGAGUACGUGGAACGCCUUAAAGAUGAGAAGAAUGUCUGCACCAUCAUAGAGCGACUGCAGGGUUACCUGGAGGGCCGUGGGUCUGCUUCGGAGCUCUGCCACGUUUACCUCCGCCGCAUUGAGCACCUCUAUUAUAAGUUUGACCCAACGGUCCUUGCUCAACGCAACAAAGCAAAAGGUGGUGAUGCCACGACUGAGAAGGAAGACACAGAGACCGAGAAAGAGGCGGUUACGACUGAGAAAGUGGAGACUCCAACCGAGAAAGUAGAGACUACGACUGAGAAAGAUGAGGCUGCGACCGAGAAGGCUCCUGAAACGACAACAGCGGAGGCACCGGAGUCGAACGAGGCUGGUGGCGACCAGCCGGCUGCAGUGCCAGAAGGCGAGCAGCAGCCGCCGCCCCCGAAGGCGCCCAAGAACAGCUUGGAGGAGAUGGAGCAGCUCUGCAAGUUCAUCUAUGCCAAGGAUAGCACAGACCGUAUCCGGACACAGGCCAUCCUGUGCCACAUCUACCACCAUGCGCUGCACGACAACUGGUACCAGGCACGCGACCUCAUGCUCAUGUCUCAUCUCCAGGAGAGCAUCCAGCAUGCAGACGUGCCCACCCAGAUUAUGUACAACAGAGCACUAGUUCAGCUUGGCCUUUGCGCAUUCCGUCAUGGAAACAUUCGUGAUGCUCACAAUGCCCUGCUGGACAUCCAGAGUGGUGGCCGUGCAAAAGAAAUGCUAGCCCAAGGUCUCCUGCCCCAGCGCAAGGAGGAGCGUACGAAUGAGCAGGAGAAGAUUGAGAAACGACGUCAGAUGCCCUUCCACAAGCACAUCAACCUAGAACUGCUUGAAUGCGUCUACUUGGUGUCUGCUAUGUUACUCGAAAUUCCCCAGAUGGCCGCUCACGAACUGGAUGGCAGGAAAAGAAUGAUCAGCAAGUCGUUCCACUACCAGCUUCGCAACACAGAACGACAGCCGCUUGUUGGUCCUCCCGAGAGCAUGCGAGAGCACGUGGUGGCAGCCUCAAAGGCGAUGCGGGUGGGCAACUGGCGUGCCUGCUUCAACUACAUCAUCAACAGCAAGAUGAACGCCAAGGUGUGGGACCUGUUCCACCAGGCGGACACUGUGCGUGCCAUGAUCGCUCAGAAGAUCAAGGAGGAGUCGCUGCGCACCUACUUGUUCACCUACAGCAGCGUCUACGACUCGCUCUCCAUCGAGACCCUGGCCGACAUGUUCGAGCUCAACAAGUCUGUUGUCCACUCCAUCAUCAGCAAGAUGAUCAUUGGGGAGGAGCUUAUGGCAUCCCUGGAUGAGCCCAACCUGAUGGUGGUUCUACACAAGACAGAGCCGACGCGAAUUCAGGCACUGGCCUUGCAGCUCUGUGACAAGGUCACCAACCUCGUCGACUACAACGAUCGCCUGCUCGAGAUCAAGCUGGGCUCCUUCUUUGGCCGUGGUGCAGGCCCUCAAGGAUUCCGGGACUCCGGAUACCAGAAGGAUGGCUAUGGCCAGCGCGAGCGAAACUGGGGCCGAAGACAGAACCAGAGGAACUAUUGAGGCGGUGGUUCUUGUGGAUAAUUAUUGUUUGCUAAAUAAACUAGGAGGUUCUGUCAAAGAA